GUGUUCUAGAGAUACGUAGAAGUUACACCCUCUUUUUCAUAAUUAUGUCAUUAUGAAUAUGAGAUUUUCCUGGAAUGGAUAUUGCAUGAACGUGCACGAAUGAAUAAUGAAAGCAAGAGAAUUAGAAAGAUGAUUAAUUUUGAAAAUGUGUUAUUCUCUAAUAUGUAGGACAAUUUCUGUGAAGAAUUAGAAUGGCAAGUACGGAUAGUCAGUGUAUUGAUCGCAGGCGGCCAACCCUGGACAGCAAUGUCGUGCAAACACUGCUGACAGAUCUCUACCAGAUCACUAUGUGCUAUGCAUACUGGAAAGCUGGCAAGCGAAACGACCAGGCAGUAUUCGACCUAUUCUUCAGGAAAAAUCCUUUUGGCGGAGAGUUCACUAUCUUCGCUGGCUUGGACCAGUGCCUCGCUUUGCUGCAAGAAUUCAAGUUUUCGCCAUCUGAUAUUACUUAUCUACGCACGUGUUUGCCAGCUGAGACUGAUCCCGAGUUCUUUGCCUAUCUAGAACAGCUGGAUGCUAGCGAAGUGACCGUGCAUGCAGUGCGCGAGGGCAGUGUGGUGUUUCCACGCGUACCCUUGAUUCGAAUCCACGGUCCCCUACCAGUGGUUCAGUUACUGGAGACUACACUACUCACUCUGGUAAACUUUGCAAGUCUGGUUGCAACGAAUGCCUCGAGAUUCCGCGUUGCAGCCGGUCCGGAGGCAAAGCUGCUGGAGUUUGGACUGCGAAGAGCACAGGGACCCGAUGGGGGUUUAUCAGCAUCCAAAUAUUGUUAUGUUGGAGGGUUUGACAGUACAAGCAAUGUCCUGGCCGGAAAACAGUUUGGAAUUCCGACAAGUGGAACACACGCACACGCAUUUGUUUCAUCUUUCCGCAAUUUGGAUGAGGCUGCUGGUCGAGUAUUGCAGCCAUGUCAGCCUCGCAAAGUACCGGCGAUAUCACUGGAGGCCUCUUCUCAAUCCCUAGAUACAGAUGAAUUCCUAACCCUGGUGCAGCAUUUCCGUGCUGACGUAUGCCGGCAUAUCGGUGUGGUCAAAGAAGAGACCAAUGAUGGGGAGUUGGCUGCAUUUAUAUCCUACGCACUAGCAUUCCCAUCUGCUUUCCUGGCCCUGAUUGACACCUACGAUGUCAUGAGGAGUGGAUUGCCUAACUUCAUCUGUGUAGCUCUGGCACUUGGACACCUUGGUUAUCUUGCACUGGGUAUUCGCCUGGACUCUGGUGAUCUGUCGUACUCGUCCAAAGAAGUCCGUCGCAACCUUCAGCUUGUCAGCAAGAAGUUAUCUGUACCCUGGUUGGAGAAAGUUACCAUCGUUGCGAGCAAUGACAUCAAUGAGGAUACACUGAAUUCUCUCAAUGCACAAGGACAUUGUAUAGAUGCAUUUGGUAUUGGUACUCACCUUGUCACUUGUCAGAGGCAGCCUGCUCUUGGCUGUGUCUUCAAGUUGGUGGAGCUGAAUGGCAAACCCUGUAUGAAGCUGAGUCAAGAUGUUGCCAAGGUUACACUGCCUGGCUCGAAGCCUGCGUAUCGACUGUAUGGCAGCGAUGACUGUCCUCUCCUCGACCUGAUGACUCUAGCUGAUGAACCAGCACCGUGUGUAGGACAGCGUGUCCUCUGCAGACAUCCAUUUCAGGAGUCUCGUCGUGCCUAUGUCAACCCGUCCAGGGUAGAGCGUCUGUAUCACAUGUACUGGAGCAAUGGACAGGUAUGCACCGACCUUCCUACCUUGGAAGAAGUACGGACGUUUGCCAAGGCCGGUAUGGCCGCACUGCGAGCUGAUCACCAGCGUCCGCUCAACCCAACGCCGUACAAGGUGUCAGUGACUGAUGGACUGUACCAGUUCACGCAUCGUCUCUGGCUGGAAUACGCACCCAUUGGGGAGCUCUCCUAGAAUUCCUUUGCUGCUGGUAUACGUAUAUGACAGUACGCACUGCUAACUUCGAUGAUUCCUACACUUUGCGAUAUCUCCGUCCACUUUUACUAUCUAGCAGGUAGGAGUCAGCAGUACAUGUGCACAUGAUGUGUUUCCUAGGUUUGUUAUCCCAUUGCUCCAUCUUGUGAUUCACCCACUUCAAAGUGUGUAUGUAACCCGCUGUGGAAAGGCUUACAUGAUUGUACUUCAUUUGCUUGUACUCCUCUUAUUCUUAUGUUCUGUUGUGUGGCAAAGCUGAUCCAUCAGCUCAUAACCCCGCUGAAAGCGUCCAUUCUACUCACUGCCACGACCCGCCAAUGGAAUUCCUCUUUUGGUCUCACGCUGUGGGCUUUUGCCUCCCUUAUUCUAUUUACUUGAUGCACGCAAUGCCCCCCCCCCCCCCCCCCCCCCAAUCUUAGACCUGUCGUCCGUGCUGGCUGUGGACGAGCAGUGCAGUCUUUCGCAGUCAUCCCUUCUAGCGGUCUUAGUUUUAUAUUAGCCAUUCCUGUACCAGACCAGAUUGUUAUUACUCCUGUACCAGACUAACGCAUCCUUUUCCUGGUCUUUUUUAAAAUAUUUUAUAGAAUCUGUCUGGACAGAUGUUUUGAACUCCAGACUCCAGUAGUCCUGUGCCGUUUUAGAGAGCACAGUUUAUAUCGUAUUCACAUUUUCUACGUAAGCGAAGCGCUUGUACAUGUCCCUGCCAGAUAUUAUGUCAACAGCUGUCCUUGGUGACCAAGUCACUUGACCUGACUCAGGUUGCUGAGCUGCUUAUCCUGUUUCAAGAAUCAAGAUUAUUGCAUGUGCCCCACUUGUAUUAUGUGCAUUUUGCAGCUCUUUUAUUCCGGUUUCUUUUCAGUUGUCAUGCCUCUCUGCUUCAUUGCUUUUUACUGGCAAACCGGCCCAGGAAACUGAUAUUAUUUUAUGUGCCCCGUCUUGGUCUCAGUUUACUGUGAAGUAAAAUAAGAAUUUCUCUACCAUA